AUGGAGAACAUAAGAAAAAACCGAGUUAUCAAUGUUGUAGUUCAUCAUCAGCAGGUGUUAACCGAUCAAUCCGGAGAAAUACGUGAAUUUGGUGUUACGCAGAAUUCGGCUUUAGCCCGUAUAUUAUCAAAUGGCAUAUUUCGAGUUAUUAUAGCUGGUGCACCAGAUAGCAAUUGUGGACCACUGUGUCUUGAUCAUUCAAACAACAACAGGAAUUCUAGUGAUUUCUUUUACAAUGGUACAACACAACAAAUAACUGCUGGAUAUCCGUUUGAUUUUUAUACAUUUUUGGGAUAUGAACUAAGUCAGAUCUUAUAUGUUGUCGUUCAACCGACGUUUAUUUUUUCUGAAGGUGAUGGUUCGUUCGAUCAAAUUGAACUAAUAAUAAAUAAUAAUCAAGCUGAAAUUAGUGAUCCGAGCUGGCUUUUUCGUCCAGCUCGAAUAGCACAACUAGCCGCCACAUGUUCAUUCAUUCGUAAGGAUGAAUAUAUAGCCUUAGCAGGUCCUUUAUCAAUGCCGGGUAAUAUUCCACUGACCAAUUCAACGACUACAGUUGACUUAGCUGCUAUAUCUGGACUGGUUAUAGCGGUGGCAUGCGCUGGAGGUAGUCAAGAUAUUACAGCAAAAAAGCUAUUCACGAUCGCUACAAUAAUUUAUUAUUGUGAAAAUUCAGCUCAAAUGUAUGAAGACGUUGCUAAUGGAGAAAAUGCAAGUGUUGUAUUUGUUACUGUUCAAGGUGAAGUAGCAACUUUUGGUUUGGUUCAACGAAAUGGUCAAAAUCGAUCAGGUCUAAGAGUUUUACCAAAUACAGUAACACCUUUUGAUACUAUUGGAGGCAGCGUUUGCCUUUACAGUAAACGUUGA